UCGGUCUGUGACCAUCCCAUACACACACGGCACACGGCCAUUUGCUCACCGCAGAAAGCUUGCUUCGAUCGGAACGGUCCCUGAGAGGGGUGCAAAACCGACGUGGACAUGGACAGCGAUGACUCACGGCCCGGCUCGUCGGCUUCGAACAGUUCGGCCGACUCGGAACAAGCGCCAAGCCACGCCACAAAAGAGGAAGAAGAAGAGGAGGACGACGAUGAGGAGCAGUCCGAUGGGUCCGGCUCACCGUCCCGUUCUCCGUCACCGUCAUCCAACGCUGAGACUGGUGGGCGUGACGACGGCGAGGGAACGGCCGGUUCCCAACACGGUCAGCGGUCCCGUUCCAACACCUCCGGCAGUCUAACUUACGACGGUGCGAAACCGGCCAACUUCGACGAUGAGGAGGAAGCUCGGUCGCAAUCAAACUCUCCCCCGUACCGGCCCGCGUCUAGCCGAUCGCAUUCGCCAAGUCUUUCGCAGGGCGACGAGCAACGAUCGCCUUCACCGGAGGCCGAAGCCGACGGUGAGGAUCACCGCACCCACCACCAUCGCUUCGAGCGCUCGCGAUCACUGUCAAACCAAUCCGAUAGUUCGAGCAAAGAUCACCACCACCGUCAGCAACAGCAACAGCAACAACAGCAGCAGCAAGAGGAGCGAUCGUUGUCGCGUAACUCGAGCACAUCGAAUCUGAGCGAGAAGCUAAAGGGCGAAGAGAUUUCGGAUUGUGAAAUUGAAUCGGACGGCGAUGGCAAAGAGGAGCCUGAAGAGGGCCCAAUGAAAACCGACGGAGGAGGAAGCGGUGACCGUGCGGGACCCGGAGCGACGAACAGUGCGCUCGACAUGAGCCACGAAGAUUUGAGCGACGUGAGCUUGGAGAGUGACAACGAACUGGAGUCCCGCGAAGAAGCGCCCGAGGAAGACGGUGCCGAAGACGAGGAGGAAGAGGAAGAGCGCGAUAGUGCGCCAGAAGACGGGGAGAGUGAGAAGCGUAAUCACGACAACCGACGAAGCGUUGGCUUGGAUGGGGACGACGGAGAUCAACACGAUGAUCUCAGCACCGGCAACGAGGAUGGCUACCAUGAUGAGGAACCGGUGAUGGCGGGAUUGGGUGCUUCGCAGACCGCAGAGACCGAACGGCAGCCGGAAGUGGAGAAACCGAAAAUCAUCGAUCUGCGCCAGAAGCUGGAGGAGAAGAAGAACCAAUUGCGCAAUCUGGAAGCGGAAAAGCAUUCCACCACCAAUGGUGGCGCAGGAAGCCGCACUCACGACACACUGCUGGCCGAGGCAAGCUUGGCGGACAAGAAAAAGAACGACGAAGAUGCGCUCGACUUCGAGGCCGAAGAGGGCGAGUGUAACGAGCCGCCGAAGGAGGAAGCGCAACGGAAGUUUGAUCCGGUGCGCGACGAGGAAAAGGAAAAGGAAAAAGUGGCCAAAAAGGCGGUGCCGGAGGAUGAGCUGGAAGAAGGCGAAGAGCUGGAAGAGGGCGAGGUGACAGAUGAGGAUGAAAAGCGUCCGGAAGAAACAGAACCGAAGCCCAUCUGUAGGUUCUACACACGCGGCCAGUGCACCUGGGGCAUGAGCUGCCGGUUUCUGCAUCCGGGCGUGACCGACAAAGGCAACUACACAAUGUUCGACAUGGUGCGCCCGAUACCCGUCACACACCAGCCGGGUGUUUACGGUGGCCAUCCGUCGUUGGGUGGGGUCGCUGGUCCCCUGUACGCUUCCGAGUUUCGGCACGAGCGCCCCUCGGCCGCACUGCACCAUGCAUUGGCCGCGCACCACCCGGUGAUGCCACCGUAUGCGGCAGGCGGAGUCCUAGCUGCUCCGGCGGCCGCUCGACCUCCCGUCGAACCGAUCGCCGAGAGUGCCUGGGAACGGGGAUUGCGCACGGCAAAGGAGAUGAUGCGCAAGGCAAACAAACGCAAGGAACAGGACAUUGACUUUGACGACAAAAAGAUGAACCUCUCACUGACACAGGACGAGCUGGAGAAGGACAACUACUACACACGGGACCGUGCGUCGCCCUCGGAUUUAUCACCCACGUACGCUGGCGCCCGGCCACCGGCGGCGGUGGUCGCACCCGGUUACGAGUAUGCUGCGCCGCCCUCAAAGUUCCCCCGUGGAGGACCUCCUUUCGAGGAGGAUGUUUUCGGGCGCACACACCGCUACCGCGAGCUCCCGUCGCACCGGAUGCCCCAGUACGAGGACGAAGACAUCUCGAAACGGCGCAAUCCACGGGCGGGUGCAACGCGUGAGGUGAUCCUGCAGCGAGCCGAUGAGUGGAACGACCCGUGGAUGCGCUCGAAGUCGCCGGGUCGAGACAAGCGCGCUGCUCGGCGCGAACGGCGCAGUUACAGCAACAGCUCCAGCUACAGUAGCUCCAGCAGCAGCACCCGGUCGGGCUCAAGCUCCGACUCUAGCCGCACGCCCAGCCCUACGACGGCCGCCACGAGGCGGGCUCGCUACGACAGCCACCGCUCAAAGGAUAGCGAUCGACACGCUGGUCACAUACGCAAAGUGGUCCGCACACGAUCGCCCACGGUCAGUCCACGGCGUGCUCGUAAAGCAUCGCCGGCCACUACUGCAAAGCGGCUCGAGAAACGGACCGCUUCACCGAUCGUCGUCGACAAGCGCGUGGUGGUUGAGAAGACCGUCACCUCGAAGCGCAAGAAGUCACCACCGAUGCACAAAGCACCGACCGAAAAACGGCGUCGACGUAGUGCAAGUUCGUCCGGUUCCGGAUCCUCCGACUCCAGCGAAUCGGGUUCGGAAAGUUCGUACUCCUCCAGCUCGGACAGCUCAUCGCGCGGAAAGUCACGAUCAGCGGCCAAAAUUCGUGGGGCGGCAACCGAUGGCAAAGCGGGUAAAGCAGCAUCCGCCUUGUCCAAGAAAGAUGCAAAAAAGGCUGCCGAGGGUGGUAAGGGCGGCGGGUCGCAGGUUAUUCCACCGUCGAGUGCCGCGAUGGAGAAGGCCAAUGCGGCCGCAUCGAAGAAAUCAUCACGCCGCGAAGAGCUACUGAAGCAGCUGCGGGCAGUCGAGGAAGCGAUCGCUCGGAAGCGCACGAAGAUAUCGUAA